AAAUAACCUAACAAUCUUCAGUUUCUCUCCCUUUGCUUAAUACUUGCAUACUUCUAAGUCCCAGAGACAAAACUUUUCAGCACAACUAAAACACUUUUUCUAGUAAAACUAUGAUUACCGGAGGAGAUGUUUACAAGGUCAUCGAAGCAAUGGUUCCACUCUAUGUAGCUCUAAUCUUAGGCUAUGGUUCGGUCAAAUGGUGGCACAUCUUCACUCGUGAUCAGUGUGAUGCCAUAAACCGUCUCGUUUGCUAUUUCACCCUACCGCUCUUCACCAUCGAGUUCACGGCUCAUGUCGACCCAUUCAACCUAAACUACCGGUUCAUCGCAGCCGAUGUACUCUCUAAAGUCAUCAUAGUUGCGGUUUUAGCGUUUUGGGCCAAAUAUAGCAACAAAGGAAGCUAUUGUUGGUCCAUCACUAGUUUCUCUUUAUGCACUCUCACAAACUCUCUUGUUGUGGGUGUACCACUGGCUAAGGCGAUGUACGGACAAGAGGCUGUUGAUCUCGUGGUCCAGUCCUCGGUGUUUCAGGCAAUCGUGUGGCUCACACUCUUGUUGUUUGUGUUAGAGCUUAGAAGAGCCGGAUUUAGUAGUAAUAAUAAGGCAGAAAACAUCAAUAUAGAAGAUGGCAGUAAAGAAACUGUGGUUGUAGGAGAAGAGAAGUCGUUCGUUGAGGUGAUGUCCGUCGUGUGGUUGAAGCUUGCAACGAAUCCAAAUUGCUAUUCUUGCAUCCUUGGGAUCGCAUGGGCUUUUAUAUCUAGCAGGUGGCAUUUUGAGAUGCCGGGAAUAAUGGAGGGAUCGAUUCUUAUAAUGUCAAAAGCAGGAACAGGAACUGCCAUGUUCAGUAUGGGGAUAUUUAUGGCACUGCAAGAGAAGUUGAUAGUAUGUGGAACAAGAAAAACUGCGUUGGGGAUGGUCUUGAAGUUUAUUGCCGGACCCGCCGCCAUGGCCAUUGGUUCUAUCGCUGUUGGUCUCCACGGGGAUGUCCUCCGCGUUGCCAUCAUUCAGGCUGCUCUGCCACAAUCAAUCACCUCGUUCAUUUUUGCUAAGGAAUAUGGAUUACAUGCAGACGUUCUAAGCACAGCGGUGAUAUUUGGGAUGUUGGUCUCUUUACCAGUGCUCGUCGCCUACUACGCAGCUUUGGAGUUUCUUCAUUAAAUAAUUUUACAAAUUGAUUAAAUAUAUUGUAUAACAAUGGUCUUUCUCGUAAUUAACUUUUCGCUCUCUUUUAACAUUUGGUCAUCGUUCACAACAUUUCUCCCCUUAAAGGGGAUUUUUAAGUGUAUUCGAUAUAUGGAAAACCAUAAAUCAAACUGACUAAUUAUUGUUGAAAACAUAUCUAUAU